UGACAACCACCCCUGCUCACAGCGAUUUUCUUCUUUUUUGGUUAUGCAGUAACAAAUUCAGCCUCGAUUCAUAACUAGAAAUUAAUUUUUAAAACUUUAUAAAACAUCAUGAAUAAUUUGACCAAACAAUUAUGUAGAUUAACCAUCGCACAGGUGAAUUUGUUGAAAUGCAACAACCAAUUAUUGGGAUUAGCAUCUCCUGCAGUAGCUGCUCUGGCCGGUAUCCAUUCAAGCAGCACAUCGCAGGCACGAUACAAUAAACACAACACCGGACCACAGAAAUGGUUGCAAUACAAUAAGACAGUCCACCCCCCGCAAAAUCCCGAUGAAGAGCCAAGGAAAGCGUAUGUCUGCCACAUGCGUACGAACAUUAAAUAUAGUCCUGACAAAAUGUGGUACAUAGCAUCCUUCGUUCGUGGCAUGUCCGUGGAUGAAGCUCUAAAGCAGCUAAACUUUGUUUUGAAGAAAGGCGCUGUCGAUGUUAAAGAAGUUAUAAAAGAGGCCAUUGAAAUGGCUCAAAGACGACACAAUGUGGAAUUCAAAAGUAAUCUUUGGGUUGCUGAGUCUUUUGUUGGCAAAGGCCGUGUGGUAAAAGGAUUUCGCCGUCACGGUCGUGGACGUUAUGGCGUUGUAGAAUACAAAUAUUGUCACUAUUUUGUGCGUCUAGAAGAAGGUGAACCGCCAAAGAACUACUAUUUGCCUAAUCCACAAACACCUUCAGAACAAUUCGAAAAGUGGUUGGAUCAAAUGCGCAUGCGCAAAGUUAUCAAUUCAUUGUAGAGCUAUCUAUCGCCAGUGUUCAUUCAUAAAAUUUUAUUAAUAUAUUUCUGUUUAGUGAAUAUUUUAUUUGA